UCUCAAUAGACGGAUCCCUCCCCCUAUUUUUUGGAACCCUAGCCGUCACCCCAUAGAAACGAGACCCCCUCCCUUCUACAACAAAAACCAAGCUGCUCGCCUCCCCUUCGUCACUCUGUCACUCAUACACACUCUUCCCUGACACACACACGCUGAAGCCUCUAGUAACAAGUGGGAAUUACAAAGUUUAGAGCUAAAAUUCAAAAAUUGCAAAGCUAAUUUUCAGUUUCAAAUCCUUGUCUUCUCUCACAUUUUCUGGGGAGUUCAGAGCUUGAUGGAUCUGUAGAGCUUGUUUCGAAGCUGAGAGUUUGAUUUAAACUCAAAUCUCUGUUCGAUUCCGCUGAUUUUACUAUUUCGGGAACUGCUGAGCUUCGGUCGAGUUUGCCUCUGCCUUUAAGUCGGUUUAUUCGAGUAUUCUUUGUUCAACCAGGGUUUUCAUUGACAGAAUGCUUAGAAUAGCAACCCAGUUGAGAUUAAAAAGCCCAAGUAGCGGAUAUUCGGCCCGCCAAUUUCAAAAGUCGCCACAAUAGAUCGAUUGAAUUACCACCACCACUUGCUCCUCUCCUCUCUUUCUCCGACCAAUAUCCCCAGCUGUAUUAUUGUCAUGUACUAUUUCUGUAGCUGAUGCUCUUUGGUGUUGGAACGGCAAGUUCAUUUUGUUUCAAAGGAGUAUAUAUUAACUCUACUAUUAUAGUUGGUAAUAUUUUCAGUAGAAGAAGUUUUUGUACAAUGAAAGAAGUUGGAACUGAUAAUGCCUCGAGUUUGCUUACAUCAGAAUCUGUGGGAGAGGCUCCUGUUCUACAUCCUGUGUCUGUCAGAGCAAAAUGUUCUUCAAAUGUUCAAUCAACCCCAGAAAUCGAAAAGAAGUAUGUCCAUGGUGUUUAUGAUGCCAUUGCUCCCCAUUUCAGUUCCACUCGGUUUGCAAAGUGGCCUAAAGUGUCAGCUUUCUUGAACUCGUUAUCUCCCGGUUCACUCAUCUUAGAUGCUGGAUGUGGAAAUGGGAAAUACUUGGGGUUAAAUCCUGAUUGUUUCUUUAUUGGCUGUGACAUUAGUGCUGCUCUUAUUAAUAUAUGUGCAGAUAGAGGACAUGAAGUUUUGGUUGCAGACGCUGUGAACCUACCAUAUAGGACUGGUUAUGGUGAUGCAGCGAUUUCUAUUGCUGUGUUGCAUCACUUAAGUACUGAAGAUAGGAGGAGGAAAGCGGUGGAGGAGCUCGUCCGUGUUGUUAAAAAGGGUGGGUGUAUUUUAAUUACUGUCUGGGCCAGGGAACAAGAAGACACGUCGUUAGUUGAAAAAUGGACACCACUUAACCAAAGGUAUAUAGCAGAGUGGAUAGGACCAGGAAGUCCUCGAGUUCGCAACCCUUCAUCUCCUCGCACCCUUGAAAGAAUCCCAGAAGCAGAGGAAAAUGGUGCUGGGGAGCAGUUGAAAGACCUGCAUGCAAAGUCUUCAAAAGUAAAAUCAGCUGAAGUUAUGGACUCAACCUCUCAGGAUAAAGGCCGUUCUUUGCUUACUGGAUCUGGAAAAGGAUAUGCAGAGCAACAGGAAUUCUUUGUUCCUUGGCACUUACCUUAUCAUCGAGCUGAAGUAAGUGGGGCUUCAGCUGUUGCCUUAGCUAGUGGUUUGGCAAAGAAAGAUGAUAAGAAGGCCUCUGUGGUGUAUAAUAGAUAUUACCAUGUUUUUAGUGAAGGUGAACUUGAAAGGUUGGUGUCUGGUCUGGAUAAUACCAUUGUCGUUGAUAGAUUCUAUGACAAAUCAAAUUGGUGCAUCAUUCUUGAGAAAACAUCGUGAUAGUGUUGAACUUUUCAAAUGAUUCUUGCACUUCCAUUUGGCGAAGUCAAAUCUAUUACCUGAAGACAAUAACCCUAGUUGUGAAAGGGUGAUAUUGUCUUGAUGCAAGGAUUGUAUUGUACAGAUUAUGGAGGUUAUCAACAGAAACAUGUCUAGUUUUUCAUUCUCCGCUGUUCGCUCGGUUGUUGCCUGUAUCUCUCAUCCUGGGUUCCUGGUGUUAUCACGUGCCUGAUGUGGGUAUGCAUGACAGUAUCUUGUAAAAUGCAAUUAUUUUUUAAAGAUUUUGGGUGACGCGCCUGAGAACAAGGGGUUUGAUAUCCCAAUAGUUACUUCAGUUUUAGGAGAUAGCAUUCUCUUGAAUAAAUUUAUGGCUGUUUUUUUUAAGGGAACUGAAUGCAUUUCACAAUA